AUGGCGAUCGAGGAUGAAAAAACUUCUUCAUCAGACGGAAAAAUAUGGGGCCUCUUCAAGCUACCGUUCCGAAACUCUAACUCGACGACGGCAUCUUCUUCUUCUACUUUUCCUCAUCAUCAGCAUCAACUCAGUUACUAUAACAACAGCCAUUCUCAGGUGGAGGGAUCGAGUGCCCAAGGAAAUGCUCCUUCCUCGGUUUCUUCCGUUGCUAGAUCUCUGCUCCUCACACGGCGUCGUUUGAAGCUCGAUCCCCCUAACAAGCUUUAUUUUCCUUAUGAACCUGGAAAACAAGUGCAAAGUGCUAUUAAAAUUAAAAAUACGAGCAAGUCUCAUGUAGCAUUCAAGUUCCAAACAACUGCACCAAAGAGCUGUUUCAUGCGUCCUCCUGGGGCCAUUCUUGCUCCUGGUGAGAGUAUAAUAGCAACAGUAUUCAAGUUUGUAGAACCCCCAGAAAACAAUGAAAAACCAGUGGAUCAGAAGAGCAAGGUGAAGUUCAAAAUCAUGAGCCUAAAGGUGAAAGAAGGAACUGAUUAUGUAUCAGAGCUGUUUGAUGAGCAGAAGGAUCAAGUGUUGGUGGAGCAGAUACUUCGAGUUGUGUUUCUAGAUGUUGAACGCCCUAGCCCCGCUCUAGAGAAAUUAAAUCGCCAAUUGGCUGAGGCCGAGGCUGAACUUGAAGCUCGCAAGAAGCCUCCAGAAGACUCCAAUCCGAAGUUGAUUGGUGAAGGACUUGUCAUCGAUGAAUGGAAAGAAAGAAGAGAAAGAUACCUUGCUCGACAACAAGUGGACGGGGUAGACUCGGCGUGA